AUGGCAACCAACACCGCUGAAGCGACAGGGACGGCUUGGCCUGUGCCAGAGAAGAGCCUGUUUGGAGGACUUCACCGUCCGCUUGGGUGAGGCCUCCCAUGCCCUCCCGGAAGGCUGGACCCGAGGCCUGUGCCCUUAACAUUGCCCUAGAGAUCUCAGCCUUAUUGGACCCAGGUAAAGAUAGCUCAAGCAGGCCCAGUUAACUUGAUCCCCCUCUUCCCACCUCCAUCAUUCCUCACCGUGGACCCAGGCCAGGCCACGAGGUGCAGCCUCUCCUAUUGCUCCAUUUUCUAGGGGUAUGUGGGGUAUUCGCACUCGCGACACUGGGAACUGUCCUCAUUAAUACCCCCUUAUUCAGUAUUUGCAGGCUGCAGGUAAGACUGGGCUUCCCCCAGCAGGGAAAGAGGCAGUUUUGGGACACAAGGGUGAACUGGUUAGAUUUUGGGUCUGAUCCAGGCAUAGGCAAACUCCGGCCCUCCAGAUGUUUGGGACUACAAUUCCCAUCAUCCCUGACCACUGGUCCUGUUAGCUAGGGAUAAUGGGAAUUGUAGUCCCAAACAUCUGAAAGGCUGGAGUUUGCCUAUGCCUGGUUUGAUCCAUCAAAAUCCACAAAACUAGUUUACUGUAUAUUGUUGUGUGAUAAAUCUGCAGUGUGUGUUGCAAGCUCUGGAAUAUUGUGGGAUUUUGUAGUGGUAAAAGUGUCGGACUAGGACAGGCAUAGGCAAACUUGGCCCUCCAGAUGUUUUGGGACUACAAUUCCCAUCAUCCCUGACCACUGGUCCUGUUAGCUAGGGAUGAUGGGUGUUGUAGUCCCAAAACAUCUGGAGGGCCGUGUUUGCCUAUGCCUGGACUAGGAGCUUGGAGGCCAGAGGUGCUUGCCCUGUAUGUGGGAGGCCCAUUGAAAUGAAUGGAUAUUAUUAACUCAGGUACGUUAAUUUCAAUGAAUCUGCUCUGAGCAGGUGGCGAGAACCCAAGAGAUGGCCAGGUCAGAGGCAGGAAUGCUUCUGAAUACCAGUUGAUGGAAACCACAAGAGGGAAGAGGGUUCUUUUGCUCAAAUCCUGCUUAGAGGUUUCCCCACAGGCAUCUGGAUGGUCACUAUGAGAACAAGAUGCCGGACUGGCCUGACCCAGCAGACUCUUCUUAUGUUCUUAUGAAAGAUCAAGGCUAAUAGCAAUGAGGACUCAAACAAUACCAUUGCUUAUCAUUUGAAUGUGUGGAGCACAUGACAGGCAGGGGCAGAUGCUUAAAGGACCUUGGACCAGUUUAACGGAACGCACAAGAUUUUAGAGCUCAAGUUGCCACCUGUCAAAAUUAAAAUUCCAUCCCAAAUGUUUAAAUCAGAUGUACAGUAUUUUCAUAGUUUUAGUCAGUGUUUUUUGGGGGGAGGGGGAUGCAGGGGUACGCAUACCCCUAAACAUUUUGGAAUCUUUGUACUUUUGUCCAUUUACUGUAUUUAUUUUUCCCAAUUUUUAACUCAAAAAUGGUGAUUUUCUUGAGUCAAAAUGAAAGAACCCCUGAACAUUUUUUAAGGGAAAAAAAGCACUGGUUUUAGUUGUUUACUCCCCAACCUCAAACCCAAAUUUUGCUCUGUCUCAGAUUCGGGUUCUAAGAAUUUGAGAUUCCCAUCUCAAAAUGUGACUAUUCCACACCCACACCAACACAGAAAGACACACAUACUUAGAAGAAGCAGCUCAAGUCCAAAUUAGCAUUUGCAAAUGCUAAAAUUUGGGAGCAGGGAUGGCAGAGGGUUGGGGGAGGAUUUCACAAUUUUAGAAAUGUUGAACUCUUUUAAUCUCCAGCUGACACCUGGGACCGAGCUGGUGUUAGGUGUUUAGAACGGUAUUUUAUGGUUCAUAGUGACAUUUGUACCACUGGGCACCACUGCAUUUAGGGAUGGGUGAAUCUGUCAAUUUCAGUUUCUCUUGGUUUCUCAUUUUUCCAAUCUCUUGUCCAGUUCUCCACAUGCCCACGUCAGUUUGCAGUUCAUUUGUUUAAAAAAGUCCUUAUAGAAAUUCGUAAGCAUUUUAGCAUAAAUUUCUCCUAACACACAUAUUUUGUAUGCAGUUUUGUCUAAUAUACCUAUCUUUGCAAAUCAGUGUUCCCUAACAUAGUUCAUUUUUGUAUGUUCUUUUCAUGUACAUUUUUUGUGCAUUUUUUGUUAAUUAAUUACUCAACCAUAUGCAUUUCUGUAAGGGACGCAGAUGGCACUGUGGGUUAAACCACAGAGCCUAGGACUUGCCAAUCAGAAGGUCGGUAGUUUGAAACCCCAUGACGGAGUGAGCUCCCGUUGCUCGGUCCCUGCUCCUGCCAACCUAGCAGUUCGAAAGCACGUCAAAGUGCAAGUAGAUAAAUAGGUACCGCACCGGUGGGAAGGUAAACGGUGUUUCCGUGCACUGCUCUGGUUUGCCAAAAGCGGCUUAGUCAUGCUGGCCACAUGACCCAGAAGCCGGCUCCCUCGGCCAAUAAAGUGAGAUGAGCGCCGCAACCCCAGAGCCAUGACUGGACCUAAUGGUCAGGGGUCCCUUUACCUUUACCUUAUGCAUUUUUGUACACAUUACUUAUCUGGACUAAUGCAAAAUUUGGAGUAGUUGUGAAUCUUGAAGGAUAGCUAUGUUCAGGUUUGCAUACUGUUUCCAAAAGUGCACACUGACAGGUACACCAUUAAAAGAGAACUGAGUAAGCUUUCUCUCCCAUCCCUAAAUGCAUUUUAACAGGUGAAUACAGUGGUACCUCGGGUUAAGUACUUAAUUCGUUUCGCAGGUCUGUUCUUAACCUGAAACUGUUCUUAACCUGAAGCACCACUUUAGCUAAUGGGGCCUCCUGCUGCCGUCACACCACCGGAGCACAAUUUCUGUUCUCAUCCUGAAGCAAAGUUCUUAACCUGAAGCACUAUUUCUGGGUUAGCGGAGUCUGUAACUGAAGCGUAUGUAACCUGAAGCGUAUGUAACCCGAGGUACCACUGUAGAUCCAUUUCCUCUCCCUCUCAAUAAAGAACACAAUGGCAUUUUUCACAGUCCCCCUCCAGGUCCCAUGCAACUUCGGCCCCACCACUUGGUAGUUUAUUGUCGAACCGCAGCGGCAUCCUGUCCCACGAAGUUGCAGCAGGAUUGCAGAGUGAUUUUUACCCCUCUUCCUUGGCAGCAGCAACAGCCCCUUCGCCGCAGCCAUGGGCCCCCCUGCCCACUUGGUCACAGGCCUGGUAGGUGCUGAGAAAUGGCACAGGGACACCCACGCCACCGUUCACGAAACCUCCAAGCUGACGCAGCGCUGCGCGAAGGAUGCCCUCGACCUCUGGUGUCCGCUCCGAGCCCCAGGCCAGCCUGAGGAAACGCCGUAUGAGAAAAAGACCAAGAUCGACUCUUGGAAAUUCAAGGUAGAUGUCCAUCCGACUGGAGAGGUGACAAGCAAGCCACCGGAGGGGCCGGGGGUGACCCUGUGGAGGAGCAAAAUCAAACCUCCUCCCUGGGUGUGCAAGAUGGCCUUGCCCUGCUGCCGAGACUAUGCCACCCUCAAGAACAACGAGUAUGUGGCCCAGUACGUCAGGGAGACGCGGCUGGUGGUGAGCCGCCUGCGGCAGGCUCUCCUGGAGAUCAACGACCAGUUCAAGAUGCUGCUGCGUUGGAGAUUACAGCUGGACUCCACGCUGGAUCAAAUCCGCCAGGGCCUCGUUACCAACAAGCAGAGCCAGGCCAUUCGGGAGCACCGGCCAGAAGUAGAGAAGGUGAGACCUGCAUCUCAACCCUGCAGUGAACCCAUCCAGUGUGCCAGUGUGGUGUAGUGGUUAAGAGCGGUAGACUCGUAAUCUGGUGAACCGGGUUCGCGUCCCCGCUCCUCCACAUGCAGCUGCUGUGUGUCCUUGGGCUAGUCACAUUUCCCUGAAGUCUCUCAGCCUCACUCAUCUCACAGAGUGUUUGUUGUGGGGGAGGAAGGGAAAGGAGAACGUUAGCCGCUUGGAAACUCCUUCGGGUAGUGAUAAAGCGGGAUAUCAAAUCCAAACUACUACUACUACUACUAUUCUUCUUCUUCUUCUUCUUCUUCUUCUUCCACUUACGAAAAACCCAAGGCUAUCAGUGGCUACUCAUCCUGAUGGCCAUGUUCUCCCUUCACUGUCAGAGGCAAUAUGCUUAUGCAUGCCAGCUGCUGUUGUGCCCGGGUCCUCCUUGUUCAUUUCCUGGAGGCAUCUGGUUGGCCGCUGAGAGAACAGGAUGCAUGGCUAGAUGGUCCACCGGCCUGAUCCACAGGUCCUUUUUACGUUCUUAGUCGACUCGCCCUGCAUGUUCCCAAGCACUAGAUCUCAAACAGCAAGUUUGCACGGCAUUUAUUGAAUACCUGAGCCAAAGUUUUUAUUUCUUCUAAACAGCUUGCGGAGCUCUCUGAUUCACCUUGUGCCCCCACCCAAAGCAUAUGGUGCUUCUCUGUACAGAACAUGCUGCAAAGCAGGCAACACACACACUAGGGCUGGGCGAUACCUGGUUUUCAACAUCGUGAUAUGUCACCAGCCAAACACUGUGAUAUAUUUAUAUAUCGCGAUGUCUGAAAUAAGGAUGGAACUAUGUAGAGGCAAACAGUAGGGCUGGGCGAUAUCUGGUUUUCAACACAGUAAUAUAUCACCAGCUAAACAUUGCGAUAUACCGGUACCAACAUAUCAUGAUGUCUGAAAUAAGGAUGGAGCUAUGUUCAGGCACUGGCUGGCUUCACGGUUUUCCCCGCAUCAUGGUUUUUGCAUUGCGCAUGCGCGUACACACACAAUAGGGCUGGGCAAGGUAUUGAUACAUUGUCAAAAAUCGAGUUGACGUCCAGAUCGUGGUAAUGGUUUCAUAAUAUUCAACAUGGUGAUUUAUAGUGGUACCUCUGGAUGCGAAUGGGAUCUGUUCCGGAGCCCCGUUCGCAUCCUGAAGUGAACGUAACACAUGUCUGCGCGUCUGCAUGUGUGCGGGUCUCGUUUCACCGCUUCCGCGCAUGCGUGUGACGUCAUUUUGAGCGUCACGUGCAUGUGUGAGCGGCGAAACCUGGAAGUAACGCGUUCCGUUACUUCCAGGUCGCCGUGGACGGCAACCCGAAAACGCUCAACCUGAAGUGUAUUCAUCCCGAGGUAUGACUGUACUGCAAAUCACGAAGUGUCCAUGUGCUAUGCAGUCUAGUUUGCAACCAUUCACCCACCCAACCUUUGUUCCUCUCCCUGGUAUGUAGGUACCUGACAAAGUAGAUGCUCUGAUGAAAUGGGAGAAGGAUGAGUUUCUGAAACAGAAAGCCAAGCUGGAAGGGAUGAUGGCGAUGUCAGAAGAUCAUAUGAAGGUAGGAAACAAGGGAGGGAAUGAAGGCAGGGACAAGCCUCCACAACCCGUACAGGUAAGGGAGGCAGACCAGGUGGACACCAGCGUAUGAAUUAUUAUUAUUAUUAUUAUUAUUAUUAAUUGAAUUUAUAUAUCGUCCUGUACCCGGAGGCCUCAGGGCGGUUCACAGAAAAGAUCAACAUAAAAACCAAAUAUAUAUAUAUAUAAUCAAAAUAAAAACAGCAACCCAAUAACACCCCCUGCAUACACAGAAGGGCUUUGCAUUUGUAAUGAUCCCCUCUAAAGGGAAGACAAAGGAAAUGAAAGACAUUAAAAAAUAAUAAUUCUUAUUGGUUUUUAGAUAAACAAAAAGUUUAGAACCUUUUUGAAACAUCUGGGGACACUUCCGUUUAUUUGGUCUUAGUUGACACCCUUGACAAAUAAGAAAGCUUAGGAUCGCCUCACUUUUUUGUUAUAUUGCUAUAUUUUGUAUUCUGCUUUUGGGGACUUUUCGCUUUUCUUAUAAAAGGAUUUUUAAAGCAGCAAUACAUGUAUGUACUGCUUAUACAGCACAGAGGCGGAAUCCUAUUAUCUCAGGAGGUGAGGUAGCUUCGUUACGUGUGCUGGGAUUGGUAGUCCUGUGAGAUUAAACUACAGUUCCCAGCAUUCUUUGGGGGAAGCCAUGUGCUUUAAAUAUAUGGUGUGGCUGUGACCCCUUACGCAGCAAUUCAACAUCAUAACUGGAUUGGAAUUGUCACUGCAGGAGGCAAUUCUGAGAGGGAAGGAGUUGAAUUAUAGUUGCUGCUGGCGGUGUGAGCUUUCUCCCUCCGCUGCACCUAAAUGGCGUGGCUCACAUUUGGGGUUGGAGGGGCAUGGAUGGAAGCUACUUUCUUAUCAUGGUUUCUUCCACCCAACGACUUGUUGCAGGCACUGGGCACAUGUCGGCAGACUCUGAACAUGCUGUGCAAUGAACGGGGCCGCGUUCUGGACCUGGUGCCACAACCUUUCCGCAUGGUUCUCCUAGGGGCUGGGCGUGACUCCUGGCUUGGACUGAGCCGUCCCUCAUCCCCCUGGGUGGAGCGUAACGAGACACCCAUCCCUAACCCCAUUGCAGCCUUCACACCAGGUAAGGGGGAAAUCCCUCCCCAGCUUCCAUAAGGAAAAUUAUUUACAAUUCAUAUUACUGUACUUGCCAUUCAUUCAUUGGGCGGGCUACAUGAAAAUGAGGGGCAGUGCUUGUCUCUGGCCCCUCAAAUAUAAUGGGUUGGCCUAGAUUUGCAUGCCAACCAAGGUCCGUAUAGUUCAAGCUAUGGUUUCCCCAGUAGUGAUGUAUGGAAGUGAGAGCUGGACCAUAAAGAAGGCUGAUGGCCGAAGAAUCGAUGCUUUUGAAUUAUGGUGCUGGAGGAGACUCUUGAGAGUCCCAUGGAUUGCAAGAAGAUCAAACCUAUCUGUCAGGAAACUGACAUCGGAGCUAGAGGUGGAGGGAAGGCUCUCCAAUGAUGCUGGAGAAGGGCCCAGCAGGGAGAGAGGCAGCUCAGCAGAUGGGGAAGCAAUUCAGUGCAACACCAGGAAUAAGGAGGGGCAGAUGGGGGAAUCGGCGAGAGGGCUCCCAGACUCUUCACUGGACACCAGCGGGGAGAGCACUGGUCCUCCGCUACCCACGCCCUCCCUGCGCAGAAGACUUCCGCGCAGAGAAAGUAGGAGGAGACUGGGUGUCAAACAACUUUUAUGUUGGAAAAGGUUUAAGAAACGCCCACUGACGGAUUCUGCUAGCGACUGAGGCAGCCACAAAGUGAAGGGCUGUCCAGACUGAAAGGUUUAACAAGGCAACAAAGCCAGGAGAGGCGGCAACUUAUGCACGAGCAACCCAUACUCAUUACAGCAAUCCGUCAGUCCCUGAUGUCGCUCGUGCACAGCGACAGGCAGGCAGCAUCAUGAGCAAAACCGGAACAACAACAACAAAGAUUUGCAUAGGCUUAACUUUGGUACUUUAUAGCUCCAAGACAAAAACACAGAACUGAACUGGAAACUUUCCUUAAAAUAGGAGAUUAUUUCAGGGGCAGUGUCAGAGAGUAACCCACCGGCAAAGGGAGGUGACUGGAGCUGGGGUAUCAUGCACCAUUUUAACAGAACCAACAAGCCAGGUUUUAGAAGCAUUCCAAUUUCCUUUCCAGAGUGUGCGGCAGCUCUUGAGGAUGCCCGGCGCCUCACCUCUCUUACCAAGGAUGUGCUCCAACAGAUGCAAAAGGCCAUCAACGAAGCGCAAGACACCCGCAAUACAGCCCACACCACCAUUGAAAACAGCCUGCAGGGCAAGAGGGAUGAGACUCUCUGUCAUAAGGUAAAGGGAGACCCAACAUGCUGAUAAAUUGGCUGUGUUACACAUGAAAUUAUUCUUGCAUGUGCAUCCAGAACCACAUAUUGGCUUGAAACCCUGCUUUUUAACGAUAAGUCUCAGCCUCAGUGGAUGCAUCUGUGAAACUUGUUUAUGCAGCGCUGCUCAAAGUCAACAAAGCUGUUCCCGCCUUCUCGAUUAAACAUGCCUCUGCAACGCAGAAACUUGGCCACCACACACACGCACACACACAAACUUCUUGGACAGCAAAGUUACAAAACAUGGUGGUAGCCACUAACUCAGGGCCCAAGUAGAUAUGAUAAUGAUCCAUGUUAUUAGACGUUGCAUGCUGUGUCUUUUGAAAAACAUAAACAGCAGGCAUAGGGACCCCUGAGAUGCGUCAGGACUGGCAUGGGAGAAGCAGGUGGGCUUUCACCUCUACCACAAUCCCAGUCAGAAUCUCUCCCUCUCGCACACAUUGAGUUGACUUAAAAGCAUUGUCGCAGUUUCUCUUUAGAGGACUGCUGAAUUUGCAUUGCUCUUGUACACCACUUUGGUAUUCUGUAAUGUUUAGUGGCAUAAAAAUAUUAAUUCACCCCUUCUCCAGUCAUUAGAUCAACUAUUUAAUGAAUAGGGAUGAGUGAUGACCCCCACCCCCUUCAGCUGGCUUGCAUGUGUCUCUGUGUGUUGUGUGUAUGAGCAAGUGUGGGGUGGUCACCCCCACCACUGCCAUGUCCCUGGUGUGUUGAUGAAGAGUGAAUACAGCCCUCAGGCCAAAAAAGUUAGCUAGCCCUGCUGUAAGGUGUGAGGUGUGAGGAGUUUGUAGUGUUCUCAAGUAGGCAAUUUUCUAAUUGCUCCUACUCUUUGCAUGCCUACACACACAUUCUCACCUUUUCACACCAACAGCACACUCGUGUUUCCAAGCAAUCUGGCUCAACAUCUCCUUCAUUGUUUUCUCUUUGGUAGGAACGGCUUGACAUUACUCUGGCAGGAACUCGCAGCACCCUGCAUCGCUGCCAGCGUUUCCAGCAUGAGAUGCGUGUUACCCGGGGCAUGGCCUUGGUGAGCAGUAAGAGCUGGGAAGCGCCAGUGCUGUGGGUCUUCACAUUCCGGUUGCCUCCAGCUCUGCCUGCUUGGAGAUUAACUGGGGAAGACUUGUCCUCCCCUUUUCCUCUCCACCCCCAGAAAUCCUCCUUUGAUUCUGAACAAUUUUUGUAUCCACAGGGUCCUGAAAGUAGCAAGUACCUGGAGACACGGGAGAAGCUGACACGGCCAGUGGUGCAGGUGUACCAAAGACAUGUAGGAACACAGCUGCCUGAAGCGGCAAUCCUCAACCAGGUAGGAUGCCAGUAGGGACAAUGAGCAGGCCUUUGACUGCAAUACAACUGGGGUGGAGAACUGGAUCUGGCUGGUGGGCCAGAAUCCUUAUUCCCUGUCCUCCCCUGCCACAUCUUCUACAGGCCAACUUUGGCUGAUAGGUGGGUUUGCCCACCUGUCAGUUAUCUGGCAAUGAUGUCAGGUGACCUGUUUUCCUUUGCCCAUGUGGCUUAAAAUAAAACCACUGCUGGCAAAGGGGCAGGGCUUUGGAAGCGCUGACAACGAGCUGAUUGCUGAGGCUUGCAAAAAUUAGUUAACUCUCUUCCUAAAGCUGGAACCUUAUGCAGGUAAAGCGGUACAGGUUAGAGAUGGACAAUUGCCUCUUGUUUGCCUGGAUGAAGGUGGGCAUGUUUGUACAGUGGUACCUCGGUUUAAGAACAGUCCAGUUUAAGAACAAUUUGGUUUACCAACUCCGCAAAACCGGAAAUAGUGUCUUGGUUUGAGAACUUUAAGAAUGGAACAGAUUUCCGGAACGGAUUAAGUUUGUAAACCAAGGUACCACUGUAUAGGCUCCUGAAUUUCUGGAAUGUAGUCUACUGUCGAACCCAUUGCUCCCACCCACUUUUGCCGCUGGGCCCAUCUCCCACGGGCAUGCAGCCUCCAUAAAAUUGCUCAUGAGGGAAUGCAGUCCUUAGACUAAAAAGGGUGCUGCAUGUAUAGGAAUUGGGCUAUUUCCACUAUAGAUGUCUACUCACAAGAAAAUCCUACUGAGUUCAAUGGAACUUACUGCCCAGGUAAGUGAGUCUAGGACUGGAGGCAACACUGCUAAAUUGAACUAUCUGUACAAUGCAAACCCAUCUUUUGGAUGGGAAGCUGAUGGGUGGGGACAUCUUCCCUGACUCCGGACUACCUGCUUACUUGUCUUUUUCUGCCUUUGUCUCUCUUUGUAGUCCACGGCACAGUUAGAUCGCUCUAUAGUAGAAACAGGGGAGAACAUUGAUCAGCUCAAAGCCACCCGGCGUUACCUGCGCAACUGCAUUCAUGACAAGCAGACGGGCUACCAUGUGGAUGGCAGUAUUAAACGGCUGCGGCAGCGCCGCAUGCUUCCACGCACUAACAUGAAUGAGGUUCUUGACUUGGUCUACACCUAA